AUGCCGGCGAAGUUAGUGGCUUGCGGGGAUGAUGGUGGUGGCUUGGAGGCGACGAUGACUGAUUGGAGGCGAUGGCGACAAUUACUUGCAGGAGAUGAAAUCAGAGAUCCAAACCCUGACGAUCUCUCUACUCGUAACUUCUCCGCUCCCCUGGGACCAAAACACCACCUUCCUUUCUUCGCCGGUGAUCUAAGAAACCCUUUGAAUUCGACUGGAUUUGUUUGUGGCCGCGCGUUCUUCAGUCAUUCUGCUCUCAACAAACCCAAACAACCCCAGACCCGUAGCGAUCUAUGUAACUCCACUGCCGGAGACGUAAACACUCCCAACCUGCGCAGGUUAAAAAAAGAAUUUGAACAAAAAGGCAAAAACAUGAGACUGAGUGCAUGGUCUGGUUAA